CAAAAUCUCACCGUGACAACAGAUUGGUGGCCGAGAUCAUUUUUCUUCAACACGACAUAAAGAGGUUCAUCAUUUUUUGUCAUAACAUUUUGCAGCAGAAUAUGUGUCAUAAUUGAAAAGCAGAGCACCCUACCACAACUCUCCCUCCAUCCUCUCCAUCAUGCCCGAAAUGGAAUAUCUCAUCCGCUUCUCUCAGUCUCACGAGACUUUUCGUCUCCCCGAGAUUGAGGCCCUAGCCAUAGUAGAAGGCAUCGAUCUCAAAGUCGUCUCAUACAGUCUAGAGUCCCCCUUCUGCAUAGUUUCCCUCCCUUCCGCCAGUGCCGCCAGGCGCCUCAUCGCUCGCUCCAUCCUCGUUAUCUCCAUCCACGAGCUCUGGGGCCACGGCGCCACCCUCCCGGAAGUCCACAGCUCCGUCCGCUCUCACACCGAGCCCUUAUGGUCCCAAUACUUGUCCUGCUCCUUCAAGUUCACCAUCGACUCCUACCAAGGCUCUCGUACCAACGACCAAAAACUGUCCAUCAUCAACUCCUUCGCCUACCUCGGAUUCGCCGGCCCGAUCAAGAUGCGCAACCCCGACGAGGAGUUCAUCCUAUUCGAAGACUGGCCAUGGAAUUCUACACCUCUCGGCAUCCCCGAUCCAAAGUACUACUACUUUGGUCGGUACCUGGGUACUUCUUCCCGGGAGACGCUGCCCAAGAAGUUGGACCUCAAAAAGAGGAGAUACAUCUCCACGACCUCCAUGGACGCCGAGCUAGCCCUGGUCACGGCCAACAUUGCCCUGGCGGCACCUGGAAAACUGAUCUACGACCCCUUCGUCGGCACCGGUUCCUUCCCGAUUGCCUGCGCGCAAUUCGGCGCUUUGACGUUUGGGUCCGAUAUUGACGGGCGCAGCAUCCGAGGUGACGAGAAGAAGAGGACCCUGAGGGGGAACUUUGAGCAAUAUGGCCUUACCCAAAACCUGGGCGGGAUGUUCACUGCUGAUUUGACCAACACGCCUAUACGCAAAUCUGCCCUUGGCACUUCCGCCUCUCCCUCCUCCCCCGCUGGACAACCUAAAAGUGACGGGGUAAGCGGCAGGAUAUUCGACGCGGUGGUGUGCGACCCGCCCUACGGGGUGCGUGAAGGGCUGAAGGUGUUGGGGGUCAAGGACCCGGAAAAGUGUCCGUGGGUGAUCCCCAAGGGCAUGGAGAUGUACAAAGAUCCGGAUUUCAUCCCGCCUAGGAAGCCGUACAGCUUUUUGUUGAUGUUGGAUGAUAUCCUGCAGUUCUCGGCGCAGACGCUGGUGGAUGGGGGCCGACUGUCGUUCUGGAUGCCGACAGCGAAUGACCAGGAUCAGGAGAUUCCGGUGCCGCAGCAUCCUUAUAUGGCGGUUGUGGCCGUUUGUGUGCAGGACUUCAACAAAUGGUCCCGACGACUAAUAACAUACCGCCGUAUUCCCGAUGCCCAAGUUGAGGCUGCAGCCAUCAAAGCAUAUGAGCAGGCCAAGGCAGAACGGGCCGUCGAAGAAGGCAAGACGGCGGACGACCUGAACCCCUUCCGUAACGCCUACUUCAAGGGGUUCAAAAACUGAGUUCACAUAUCAACACUCUGCCUUGCCAGCUUGUUGCACGGCUACGCAUGUGACACACAUAUGUGUACGCUCUUCCAGUUGUGUUCCAUUCAGAUACCCCCAUGAAGAUUUAGACAUGUACAAGAAAGAAGUCUCUGCACCGGACGACCUGAGAUAUGGCGGAUCCUGCUUUGACUGGCAUUUGUCCACCUUCGGUUCCCGUUCAUGCUGACUCUACGCUUUAUACGCCAUGCCUCCACCUGAUGAAUGAUGAAGAACCUCAUCAUGGCUUAUGGGACUAAAACCCCAGGCCUUGUUACUUCCUUGACCCUUCGUUGACUCCUCGUAACAAUGUGUGCGUGUGUGGUAUGUAAAUGUCCUCCCUCGAGCGUCUCUGUUGUCCGUCAAAAUAGACUGCGCUCACGCCCCUGAAAGAAACCCACAAUAUGUCAAAUUAGUAACAACUGGUAUCAGACCCCGAUCCCAAACCAGAUAAGCAAUAACAGCAACAUAAGAAGCAAAUGACAUCGUGCGACGGUAUGAAGACAAAAAAGCCAACUGAUGCAGAUGAGAACCCAAAAAAAGACAAGCGUCCACCUGAGUCGCUCGUGAGUGACCCUCAUUCACUGUUGGGUCGUUUCUUUUGAGGAUUCCUUCGACCCUACCCGCCCAAAACCACAUUUUGUUUGGGCUUGAUUAUGUCUUGGGAUCAUGUCCUUGUGACCAUAUUCCCGAGGGCUUGGGUCGAAUCUCAGCCCUGUGAAGGCCGCGGACUAUUGCCGCCCUUCCAAUGUGACGUCCCUGCGUCGUCUCAUCUGAACUCCAUAGCGCCAAAGCACCCUUUAUCUUGGACAUGAUGCAGCUCUAAU